CAUGGAAACAAGUAAUAGCAUAGUAUUUCUCCAAGACAGUUCGCCAUUACGGUCCUUCCUUCCUCUAACAUGAUUCGUUCUCUUUCGCAAUUCCCAAGAUAAAGCACAAACACAACGAGAGAGAAAAACAAAAGCAAAACGAAUUGAUUCUCCCAAUGAAGUUAGUCGGCGACGGUGCCGGUGGCCGUAAAGUGUUAGUCGGAGUGAAGUUAGAUCCUCGUAGUCGGGAAUUGUUGACGUGGGCACUCGUUAAGGUUGCUGAGCCCGGCGACCUUGUUAUCGCGCUUCACGUUCUCGAUACUGUCACUGAGGGAACAUCGUCGUUGUUAUCUCUGGUCAAAACUUUCGAUUCAGUUCUCGCAGUAUACGAAGGUUUCUGCAAUUUAAAGCAGGUUGACCUUAGGUUGAAAGUGUGUAGAGGUGGUUCGGUUAGGAAGCUUCUAGUACAAGAGGCGAAAGCUUUUGGCGUUUCAACGGUGAUUUUGGGAACUUCGAAAACUCAUCACACAAUCCGUUCGUCGGUGCGGGUUGCAAAGUAUUGCGCAAAGAAAUUGCAUAAGUGUGUUUCAGUUUUCGCUGUUGAUAAUGGCAAAAUUGCAUUCCAUAGAGAAGCUAGUCAUCAAGAAAACUUACAGGAAGACCCGAAUUUAUUGUCAACAUCAUUGGUGGUUCGUACAAAUAAAAGUGUGAAGAAUUGUGGGAGUUGUUCUCUGCAUGAGAUUUCUGAAACUGGAUUUAACGAGGAGGGGUUUCCUGAUGAUUAUGAAUCAGAAAACUCGCUUGCUUUGGUUCCCUUUCAAAAGCUUGAUGAUGAUUCUUGUAGGUCAACCAUGGUGGGUAAUUCAAAACACAUAAAACCUGGUUGGUCACUUAUUCGCCAUGUAUUUCAGUCCAAAAAGCAUUCCACCAAGUCUUUGCCGAAAAACACAUUUGUUUUUCAACGAGCAUUACGACAAUGCAGCAGUCAAUCUUCAGCUGUAGUCUACCCAGAUCAUAAACAAAUCAAUUUUGACCAAACUUAUAAUUCAACCCUAGAUGGGGAGAGUGCUGCCAUCGUGCCAUUUGGAUCUGCUAUUAUCUUACCUCCUCCCACCCUUUGCAGUGAUGUUGGUAGCCUUGCCGAAGAUUUGUUAGUCUUACGAGAGAAGUACUCACCUUCUUGUAGAUUGUAUAAUUUGCAGGAACUUGUAGCUGCAACUGUGAACUUCUCAUCCGAAAAUUUGGUUGGCAAAGGUGGUAGUAGUGUUGUUUACAGAGGAUGCCUUCCCGAAGGAAAGGAAUUGGCUGUGAAAAUUUUGAAGCCGUCAGAGAAUGUCCUAAAAGAGUUUGCUCAGGAAAUUGAGAUUGUUACAACUUUGCAUCACAAGAGCAUAAUAUCUCUAUCUGGUUUUUGUUUAGAGGGAAACCAUAUAUUACUGGUUUAUGAUUUUUUAUCAAGGGGAAGCCUAGAAGAAAACCUUCACGGUAAUAAAAAGGACUAUAAUGCAUUUGGUUGGCAAGAGAGGUACCAGGUCGCCGUGGGUGUAGCUGAGGCCUUGGAUUAUCUGCAUAAUGGCUGCGCACGAGCUGUAAUCCAUAGGGAUGUCAAAUCUUCUAAUAUCCUUCUUUCAGAUGAUUUUGAGGCUCAGCUCUCAGAUUUCGGACUGGCUUGUUGGGGUUCUUCUUCUUCCCAUAUUAUUUGUACUGAUGUGGCCGGAACUUUUGGGUACCUAGCUCCUGAGUAUUUUAUGCACGGUAGAGUAACUGACAAAAUUGAUGUAUAUGCUUUUGGUGUUGUACUCCUUGAGCUGCUAUCCAAUAGGAAGCCCAUUAACAAUGAAUGUCCAAAGGGCCAAGAGAGCCUUGUUAUGUGGGCAACAUCAAUCUUGAAAAGUGGGAAAAUUUUCCAGUUGCUUGACCCAAGCCUUGGCAGUGAAUACAACCAUUGCCAGAUCAAGAGAAUGGUUCUGGCUGCUACUCUCUGUAUUAGACGAGUUCCGAGAUCGCGGCCUCAAAUCAGUCUUAUACUUAAACUUCUUCAAGGUGACGAAGAAGUAACAAGAUGGGCAGAACAAGAAGUUAGUGCACCAGAGACACUUGAUGGAUUUGAUGAGGAACCAGUUCCAACAAAUAUUCAGUCCCACCUUAACCUUGCAUUGCUGGACUUGGAGGACGAUACAGUUUCACUCGGUGGCAGUGAGCAGGGUGUCUUGUUGGAGGACUAUUUGCAAGGAAGAUGGAGUCGCUCUUCUAGUUUUGACUAACCAAUUCAUCACGGUAUCAUCUGAGAAUCAAAUGCUGGUUAUGUUAAUAUGAUGUUUUCUUAGGUUAGAUUUACAGAAUUCUGCGGUAGCGUGGAUUGGGUCUUGGAAGAGAGGUCCAAAAAGUGUCCCCCUCCUUGACUUUGUAGCUAUAUAUCGGUUCAUGUUCUGAAGCAAAUUCUAGCAGAGGCUAAAGUGUAGAUGUGGAUAGAAAAAUGAAGAGUAUAUAUAUUCUGCAAGGAAAGAACGACCUCUUGCUUCUUAGUUCAAUGGUGUUGCAUCCAAAAUCCACUUGGACCAUUAUUGCGUCAUGGUUGAAACAUGACCUAAAUCAUGGCUUAUUGCGUCAUGGUUGAAACAUGACCUAAAUCAUGGCUCACUCUUUGUCCUUUCUAACUGUAACCAUUUUCCUUCUUGUGGCGUGAUUGAAACUAAAACCGUAAAGGUUGAGUAAGGGUAAGGUAACUUUCAUUUGAUUUAGAUGCUAUAAGUGCGAAUUUGUAAAUAGUAAUUGCUUAGAGAUGCGUUUUGGCGAAUUUGUAAAACAUUCUUGGAUUUGCCAAUCCUCGAAGUUUGGGUGUAGAUGUCUAGACUCUAGAUGACUUAAACCACGGGACAUGUUGUAAUUUUGGACUUUGGAGACAGUGUAUUGUAACUUUGACUUAAUUAAAAACGCAGCUUCAACAUUUUUAUGAUCCUA